AUGAAGAAGAAAGAAGCAUACUCCUCCAAUCUAACACUCCUCCUUGUUGCCUUGUCCCUGGGCACACUCUCCUUAACCUGGUGUGGCAAUGCGUCCCCUCUGGGCAACGGGGCCCUCACCCAAGCAACGUACAUCAAACAACGCCACCUUCUCUACUACAGGGACGAGUUCGGCGACAGAGGAGAGAAUGUUAGCGUAGACCCUUCCCUUGCUUUCGAAAAUGACCGUCUUAGAAACGCUUAUAUAGCCUUGCAAGCUUGGAAGCAAGCCAUCUUGUCUGAUCCCCGUAACCAGACAACAGACUGGGUAGGAUCCGACGUUUGCAGUUACACCGGAGUUUACUGUGCAUUCGCCCUUGACAACCCUAACAUCCGUACCGUUGCAGGCAUUGAUCUCAACCAUGGCGACAUAGCCGGUUACUUACCGGAGGAGCUCGGUUUGCUCGUAGAUCUUGCUUUAUUCCACAUCAACUCCAACAGAUUCUGCGGCACGGUGCCUCACAAGUUCGACAGGUUGAUACUCCUCUACGAGCUCGAUCUCAGUAACAACCGCUUCGCGGGGAGGUUCCCUGAGGUGGUUCUGCGCCUUCCUUCGCUCAAGUUCUUGGAUCUCAGGUUCAACGAAUUCGAAGGAGCUGUGCCCAGGGAAUUAUUCGACAAAGAUCUCGACGCCAUUUUCAUCAACGACAACCGUUUCGUCUUUGAACUUCCUGACAACUUCGGCAACUCCCCCGUCUCCGUCAUCGUCCUCGCCAACAACAGGUUCCACGGCUGCAUUCCCGCCAGCCUCGGCAACAUGUCCGACCUCAACGAGAUCAUUUUCAUGAACAACGCAUUCCGAUCCUGCUUGCCCUCCGAGAUAGGGUUGUUAAAGAACCUGACGGUGUUCGACGUCAGCUUUAACCAACUUCUUGGUCCCUUACCCAACGCCGUUGGAAACGCUGUGAGCUUGGAGCAGCUCAACGUCGCCCACAACUUACUCUCCGGUAAAAUUCCUGCUAGUAUUUGUAUGUUACCUCACCUUCAGAACUUCACUUACUCCUUUAACUUCUUCACCGGCGAGCCUCCCGCCUGUCUCGCCUUGCCGGCGUUUGACGAUAGGGUCAACUGCUUACCGGCCAGGCCUCUGCAGAGGCCUCCGCCGCAAUGUCAGGCUUUCUUGUCUAAGCCUGUCGACUGUAACUCCUUUAGGUGUAAACCAUUUGUUCCUUCACCUUCACACCCUUCGCCUACGACACCUUCACCACUACCUUCACCUCCAUCACCUGGAACGCCUUCACCGUUACCUUCACCUGGAACACCUUCUCUACCUUCACCUCCAUCACCUGGAACACCUUCACUGCCUUCACCGUUACCUUCACCUGGAACACCUUCACUGCCUUCACCUCCAUCACCUGGAACACCUUCACCUUCACUGCCUUCACCUCCAUCACCUGGGACACCUUCCUCUCCAUCACCUACACCACCUUCACAACAGCCUACACCUCCAUCGCCUGCAACACAUCCUUCGCCACCGCAUGCAGUGGUGCCUACGCCUCCUUCGGAACCACCGGUGGUGGGACAUUCCCCUCCACCACCGGCAGUGGCACCUUCUCCACUACCUCCUGGUCAUACUCCUCCUUCUCCAGUGUAUUUGCCACCACCACAUUCUUCCCCUGCUCCACCUGCCUACACUCCACAACCUCCUCCCCCUUCACAAUUGCCGCCUCCAUCAUACACUCCACCUUCUCCUCAUCCAGUGCCACCUUCACCUACUCCAACGCCGCCGUAUGGUGUCCACUCUCCGCCGCCACCAAAUUCACCAUCGCCACCAGCUCCUACAUUGUCGACACCACCACCUUCUCAUAAUUAUGGCUCAUCGCCACCUCCAACACCUCAUCACGCACCCUCACCACAUGCUUAUCCUUAUUUAUCACCCCCACCACCUCCCUCCCCUGUUCAUUUUCCACCUUCACCACCUUGUACAGAACUUCCUCCACCCCCUCCCCAAUCAAGACCUUCUCCCACACCUUAUCACCCCCCACCAGCCCCUUCGCACACACCUUAUCAUCCCCCACCAUCUCCAUCUCAUACACCUUAUCACCCACCACCAUUUCCAUCCCCCCCUCCAACUCCACGGGUUCAAUACAGUUCGCCACCGCCGCCGGCAUCACCGCCUCCGUGCGAAACUCCACCAGCAGUUUCCCCGCCGCCACCUGUUGUAUACUAUAACCCACCACCUUCCCCUGUAUAUGAAGGGCCAUUGCCACCUAUCGUUGGACUCCCAUACGCAUCGCCUCCACCACCACCCUUUUAUUGA